CGACUGUGCGUGUGAUUGGCUUGGGUAAAAGACGUGUCAGCAUUUGUUGUUUUUAUAAAUUUUUCGGCAAUGUUACAUAGUAACAACAUGAAGUACACAUUUAUAUGGACUUUAUUGGUUAUAUCUUGGUGUGUUGGAUGUAAUUCAUCACUGUUUGAUGGUGAUUCAUGUUUCACUUUCGGAAGUGGAAAUGUAUUUCCUGGGGGAGCAAGAAAAAUUGACCACAAGUUACAGUUUACGAAGGCAAUGAUUUCAAAACCGGCACCGGAGUGGGAGGCAACCGCUGUUGUUAACGGUGAAUUUACACAGCUGUCAUUAUCAAGUUUUAAAGGAAAAUAUUUGGUAUUCUUCUUUUAUCCCCUGGAUUUCACGUUCGUAUGUCCUACAGAAAUUUUAGCAUUUUCGGAAAGAAUUGAAGAAUUCAGAAAAAUCGAUACGGAAGUGGUUGCUUGUUCUGUAGACUCUCAUUUCACACAUCUAGCAUGGAUUAACACUCCUCGUAAGGAAGGUGGCUUAGGAAAAAUAAAAAUACCACUUCUAAGUGAUUUGACUCACUCCAUUGCUAAGGAUUAUGGAGUAUAUCUUGAAGAUUUAGGUCACACUUUAAGGGGCUUAUUCAUAAUCGACGAUAAAGGAGUUCUGAGGCAGAUAACAAUGAACGAUUUACCUGUUGGAAGGUCUGUUGACGAAACAUUAAGAUUAGUUCAAGCUUUCCAAUAUACCGACAAUCAUGGAGAAGUAUGUCCUGCAGGUUGGAAACCUGGACAAGAUACGAUUAUUCCAAACCCAGCUGAAAAGAAAAAAUAUUUCGAGAAAGUGGCGAAGAACUAGCAUAAUAAUGAAUGAUACCUCCAUAAUACUAAAACUCAGAUUACUUUAAAAUAUUGAAGAAGUGUGGUUGAUAUAAUUAUGUUUAAUAUCAUUGGCCAUGAUCAAACAAACAUAACAAAUCGAAAUUGAUUAAGUGAAAGAUAACAAAGUGCUGGUAUUGAUAAUUUUGUUAGUUUUUUGACAAAUUGAUGCACUAUUAUCUUGUUUGCUAAUUUACUUAUAAAAGACAUUAUAUAAUUUUUACUAAAAAAAAGUCAUUACAUGUGAAAAGUAUUAUUAAGUAUGUAAAAUAUGUUUUGUAUAGCUGUUGAUUCCGUCGUAAAAAUUCAUAGUCAUUUGUGAAAUAAUACUUAAAUCCCAUCUGACCAAUUAAGUUUUCUCAGUUCAAAUUAACUUUGACAUUGACCCUAGUUAGGUACCUACGCAAUUUCUACCUAAGUAAAAUAAUCACUACUAAUUUAUAAGCAUUCAGUAAAUCAGCUAAACAUUUAAUUUUCUAAUACUCUUAUAGAAAUUUUAAUUGUGAUAGAUUUUAUUAAAUUAAAUUUUAGCAUUUUUACUAAUUUUCUUAGAAAUGCUUAUUAUGUACCUAGUAUACAUCACAACAGUUACAUUACUAGUCCUAAAGUACUUAACAAACAUAUUAUGUAGGUACUAUUUUACAAUUUUGAUACUAUAGAUUAAAUUAUAUAAAUUAAGAAUUAUCAUCACUGAGAAGACUGAGAGGUUAUUACACAUUCUUGAAACGUUAAAGUUUAGAACCAAUUUUUAAUUAAAUUACUGAC